AUGCCGACGCCAACUAGUCCCACCUCCUCUGGAGCAGGCGCUGGAGGGUCUGCUGCGCAGCCCGCCGCCAGCUCCUCCUCGGCGGCAGCAGCAGCAGGCAGAACCGCCUUCCUCCGCCGCACCCAGGACACGGGAACCACCUCUGCAACGUCGGGACUGACAAGCAUGUCGUCCCAGGCGAGCGGCUCGUCAUCCAUGUCCAUGUCGAGCUCGGGAUCAGUGUCCAUGGCCGGAUCCGUGCAGAGCUACAACGGAGCUGCACCGACACCGUUCAACACCUUCUUUGACGAGUAUGCGUACGCCGAGACCAUGUCCCACCCGGAACCCGAGCUCGAGGCCACCACACCGUCGUUUAUGCUGUCCGACUCCCAGGUCGAGGAGGCCAUGCCAUACAACCCCACCGCGUUCACCCCAGCCGCCACCCUCUCGCCAACAACGUCCCGCUGGGACUCUACCCCGGCAACCCGCGUCUACUCGAACGCGUCGUCCGACUACAUUCCCCCUUCGUCGCGCCCCGUUCCAGCACCGCCACAGCUGACAAGUGUCAUCUCGCACGACGGCGGCGCCGACCUGUCACCCAUCCAGUCGGUCUGCAUCGGCUCGUCCAUGAGCACCAUCCCCGACGAACAUCCCAAGCGGUUCACGUCGCGCUUCAGACGCAAGCCGCCACCCACACAGGUCGACCGCGACACCCAACGUCUCCAGCAGCUUGGAUACGACGCCGUGCUGGGCCGGUCCUAUACGUUCUGGUCAAGCUUUGCAAUCGCGUUUGCGAACAUUGGAUGCCUGCAGGGAACAGUGUUCGCCGUCCCAGGAGCAUACAAGUACGGCGGCCCGGCGAUGAUGCUCGUUGCAUGGCCGCUGUCUGCUGUCUUAUCCAUGGCGCUAGUGCUCACCAUGGGCGAGCUAGCGUCUGCGUAUCCCGUCGCGGGUGCCAUGGCGUCGUGGGCCUGGAAAUGCGCACGCGGCGGAGUCGGCGGCGAGCGCUACUGGGGCUGGGUGACAGGCGCGAUCGUCCUCGGCGGCCACGUUGGAAACCUCAUCCUGUGUACAACGCAAGCCGUCAAGGUCAUUACCGGCAUGAUGGGUCUGGCCUUGGACUAUGACCCGGAGCCAUGGCAGAUGGUCCUGUUCUUCUUUGCGGUCGUGGCGGUCGUCGGCACCGUGGGCAGUACCGCGUUUGGCUCCAGUCCCCGAUACUGGAUCGGUGCUGGCUCGUUUGGCUUCCUCACGUGGUUUGCGCUGUGUGUUGCCCUCCUUGCCACGGGUGUGCGUAACCGCGACUUUACCCACACCCAGGCCAUCUCGACGCAUUUCAUCAAUGGAACCGGCUGGAACUCGAAGGGCCUCGUCUACAUUCUUGGAUGGCAAUAUUGCACCAUUGCAACCGGCGCCGACGUCUCGGCCCACAUGUCCGAGGAGACCCAAAAUCCCUCGCGCAAUGUCCCCAACGCCAUGGUCCUUUCCGUCGCCAUGACAUACAUCCUGGCGUACAUUUCCAUCAUUCUGCUCCUCCUCUCGGUCGACCCCCAAGACGCCGAAUACCUCGCUGCCCAGAGUUUCCCCGUGGGCCACAUUCUCGCAAAGGCCAUCUCGCUCCGGGGAUCCAUCGCCAUGUGCUGUCUCAUCCUCCUGGUCAUGCUGUUCCAGAUGCAGGCUCAGCUCCAGGCCGCGUCCCGUUUCACUUUUGCGCUCGCCCGUGACCGCGCCCUGCCGUUCUCAGACACCAUCAAAAAGACAAACAAGGCCAAGCAGCCGUGGGUUGCCAACUGGUUUGUCGUAGGCCUGUGGACGCCAUUCGGGUGUCUGCUCGCCGGCGGGACGGGAGUCGUCUACUCGGUCAUCACCAGUGGCGCCGCCGCCUUGUCCAUGCUCAGUUAUCUGAUCCCCGUCGCACUGUACCUGCUGUCCAAGAAGGACUUGCAGAGCGAAGGACGCUCGUUGUGGUCGUUGAGGCGCUGGAGCCGACCUGUGGCCUCUGUCGGGGCCCUCUUUGCCCUCACCCUCGUGGUUGUGCAGUGCUUGCCUAGUCAAUACCCGUUCAAUCCGACAAACAUGAGCUGGUCGUACAUUGUGAUCUUCGUCACCCUCUUGAUAUCGUUUGUCAUGUGGAAACUUUAUGGCGACGCAAAUUAUUCUGGCCCAAUCAGGGCCCUUACAAAAUGGGAGACGGGUGUCGAGAUUGACCUCGACACAACCCUGGUGCACUCGACCCGCGGCGCGGGCAACGUGCAGGGCUCCGAGACGUCGCUCAAGCUCGCCGUGACACCGUGUUUCGACGACACGACCGUGCAGACUGUCCAAGUGGCCAGCGCAAGAACCGUCGACACCGUGACGAGCAUGGGCGAGUGGGCCCAGGCGUCGUUUAGCAGUGACGGAAGCGGCAGCGGCAGCGGCAGCAGCGGGACGACGAGCACGGCGUCCCCGCGCGACUUUUCGCGCGAGAUUGCGCGCUCGCGCUCUGCGACUCAGACGAUGGGCCGCGUGCCGGAGGUCGCAGAGGAGGAAGAAGGGGAUGGCAGUAGCGUUGCGCUCGUCCCACCACAUACGGGACUGGGCGGCACAGGAGCAGGAGGAGCAGGAGGAGGAACAGCAGGAGCAGCAGCAGGAGGCGCAUGA